AGUUUCUCUGGUGACGGUACCUUUUACGCUGUUGGCCUUGGAUCGUGCGGAACCGAUGAUGGCAACACCGAUCUGGUUGCAGCAUUGAAUGCUCCUCAGAUGCAAAACGGUGCCAACCCUAACAACAACCCCAUCUGUGGUCGUCGUGCUGUAGUCAAGGGUCCCAAAGGAUCUGUCACAGUCAGAAUUGUUGAUACUUGCCCUCCUUGCCAAAAGGGUGAUCUUGACUUGAGCCCUGCUGCUUUCGGAAAGAUUGCUGACUUUGCCGCUGGACGUGUUCCCAUCACCUGGAACUGG